CAGUGGGAGGGGUCCCUGCCAUGGCAGGGGUGGCACUGGGUGGCUCUGAGGUCCCUUCCCCCCCAGCCCAUCCUGGGAUGCUGGGACCCCUUUGGGAGGCUGGGACCCCUUUGGGAGGCUGGGACCCCUUUGGGAGUGCUGGGACCCCUUUGGGAGGCUGGGACCCCUUUGGGAGGCUGGGACCCCUCUCUGCUGGAGUUCAGCCCUGAUUACCUGGUGCAAUCACAGAUGCCUCUGCACAGACGCGUGCACAGAGCUCUGGGGGAAUGCAAGGGCAGGGAGUGCAAACCCAGGGAAAUGAACCCCCCAAUGGGAUCAGCCGAGGGCAGGGCUCAGGGGAGGCCCCGCUCCCAGGGGAUCAGGGUGUUUAUUCCGUUUAUUCCCAGGAGCUGCCCUGGGAAUAAAUGAGGGAUGUCCUGCUGGCACCCCUGGCCAGGCAGAGCCUGUCCCACAGCAGCGGGGAUGGGGACAGGUCCCCAGAUGGCUCAGGGGGUGACAGAGCUGCGGGGUCAGCACCCACCCUGGCAGGGUUUGGCCAUAAACAAACACAGCAAGCCCCACCUCAGCUCGAGGAAGAAUUUCUUUCCCUGGGGUGGCAGGGCCCUGAGCAGGGUCUGGGGUUUCCCUCUCUGGGGACAUCCCAACCCCACCCGGACACGUCCCCGUGUCCCCUGCCCCAGGCUGGGCUGGAUGGUGCCCAGAGGUCCCUGCUGUGAUUCUGUGAACUGGUGGCGUGUCACAGUUAGAACUCCCAAAGGAAACUGGGGAUGCUGUGCCAGCUGGAGCUCCCUGCCCGUGCCCGUCCCUCGCCAUCCCUCUGGAAGCUUUUAGCCAAUCCUCUCCCUGGCUGAUUCCAGCUGAUGUAGUGGAAGUGACUGACUGGCACCAGUCCGGGCACUGCUGGCACUGCCCUGUGUCCCUUGGGUGGCGGUGGCUGUGUCCCCUCCCUCCUCCUCCUCCUCCUCCUCCCCGGGCAGGGCACUCUCAUCACUUCGGUUUUCUACCUGUGAGUACUGUAUCCAGUUCAGAACCAACAGCUUCCUUUAGUAAAGAUUUUACCAUUUUAUAAAAGACAUGUUUAAUUAUGAUGGAGAUGGCUGUAUUGUAAUUAAUAUUUUGAGAUAAUUGUGAUUUUGAGCUUAAAUUAUAUACAGAAAUGGUCAUUUUUGUAUGUGUUCAAAGAUUGCUAUAUUCCAGAUGACUGUACUUUUCAGUUGAAUUCCAGUAUCCAUGUAAAUAAAGCUGAAUGAGGAAAUAUUUACUACUUUAUUAACAUAGAUUGUGAAUGUACUUCAUGUUUUUUGCAGUAUAAAGACUUACUGAACUUGAAAGCUGCUUCAUUUUAUGUGCAAAAAGGUACUUCAAAAAUUCUAUUUUAAAUCUAUUGAUUGAGUGCAAUCAGCUCCUGUCCCCUGGCACAUGCAGGUUGUCCCCUCCCCGUGCUGUGGGGCUGCUGCAUUUGGCAGCUGCUCUGCAAAGAGGGAGCCCAGGGACUGAACCGAUGCUGUGCAGUGCAGCAGAGCCAUUUUCGGCUUUGCUGUACCCACCUUUUUCAGUAUUUCCAAAAAAAAAAAGUGUUUUGAAUAACAUUAAAAAGUCUCUUUAUUGUAUAAAUAAUAAAAACGUCACCUUAUUGUAAGGCUU